UCAACUUUCAUAAAUCGUAAUUAACCUACCUUCUUAGCUUCAAACUUUAAGCCAUAUAUAUAACAUUCUUUUCACACCCUCCAAAAAGAAUUUCUAAAUAUGGAAGGCUUAUAUUCAAUAUAUUCUCUAGCUCGUAGCAUUCUCCUAAUAUUAUUUCUCUCCACUUCCUCCAUUACUUUAAUCUCCGCCCUUGACAAAACAAAUGUGGAAUUCAUCAGAACAUCAUGCAGUUUGACAAGUUACCCUACACUCUGCUUCAACUCUCUGUCUACUCAAUCAGGUGCUAUCCAAACAAGCCCUAAUCUGCUAGCCCAAACAGCUCUAUCAGUCACCCUUGACACCACCCGCACCACAUCCACAGCAAUGGUAAAAUUGUCACAAGUACAUGGCAUGGCUCCCCGGGAGGUUUCUGCCAUGAAAGACUGUAUUGAGUUGCUGAGUGACACGGUGUACGAGUUGAAAAGGUCACUUGAUGAGAUGAGUCGACCGGGUUCUAAAGAUUUCAGGUUGGUGAUGAGUGAUAUACAAACAUGGGUGAGUUCUGCAUUGACGGAUGAAGAUACGUGCUCUGAAGGAUUUGUUAAUGAUCCGAAAAUGAAAAGGGUGGUGAGAGGAAAGAUUGUGAAUGUCGCCCAUUUAGCUAGUAAUGCUUUGGCUUUGAUCAACAUCUAUGCUUCUUCUCUACACGGAUAGCAUAUAUAAGAUGCAGAAUUUUAUUUUUGUUGCCUUGUAGUAAUUUGUGAAUGGCCUUGAUUGCAAAUGCAACGUAUUAUUGAGAGAAGUUAUUAAUUUGAAAUUAUUGUCAUGUAUUAAUAAUCUCUUGAGGAUAUUAUCAUUUCUUGUAUUGCUUUUA